GAAAAGAAAAAAGGGGAAUAUGAAAAGGGAAAGCCGUUGGGUGGAGUAUAUAAACUAGCUACCGUGUUCGCGGGGUUGGUUGGUGUGGAGAUAUUGGUUUCUAUAUAUUAACUGUCCUGAAGUAUAACGUAACUAAUAUAAACAGGAAUAGUCGCGAUUACUUAACUAAAUUCGUUUUCUCUUUCUCCGUCACCGUCAUACGACAAAUUUCGAAACGUCAAACAACAAAGCAGCCUCCCCGAGCCUUUUCCGCCCUCCGAGAAAUACGAGCUAGAGGAAAAAAGAAAGGAUGAUUCGGUGAUUGUUUCAAAUCGACCAAUUUCGGGGGCCAUGGAUCAGACUGCGCCUCUUCCUGUACCCUCCGCACCGGUCGCGGAGCCAGUUGCUCCCGUCGCGACAGUUCCUAUUAAUGCGCCUUCACCACGAGAACAAUUGUCCCGGCAGAUUGCUGCUGGACAAGCAGGCAAUGCCGGCGAUGGAAGCAUUCUUUCUCAAUUGAAAUCAAAUCCAUUCUUCACCGCUGGAUUCGGACUAGCAGGCAUAGGUGCCUGUGUGGCUUUUGCGCAGCGCGGACUGCGUCGAGGCGCAAGUCUACUCCGCCGACGACUACUGGUCGACGUUGAAAUCAGCCGCAACGAUGAAUCGUACCAAUGGUUCCUCCAUUGGAUGUCGCAAUAUCAAAAGCAACAACUAGCAGCGACUGCCGCUCAGGCCGCCGCGGCAGCACAAGGCGAAAAGCCUCGAGUGCUCACAUCACUCAUUCAGCGAUUUACUCCGGGACUACACCACCUCUCGAUCCAGACGAAAAACGUCGUUCACCCGAAUGGAUCGCUCCACACAUAUUUCUCCCUUAUUCCCGGCCCCGGGCGACAUGUUCUCCGAUACAAAAACACCUUCAUAGCGGUGGAUCGAGCGCGGGAUACUAAAUCAUUUGCACACGACAAAGGGUCGCCCUGGGAAACCGUCACCCUCACGACUUUAUAUUCGGAUCGACAUGUGUUCGAGGAACUCUUCGCCGAAGCCCACAAGCUGGCAAUGCAGCUGCAGGAAGGCAAAACGGUCAUGUACACCGCCUGGGGCACCGAAUGGAGACAAUUCGGUUAUCCGCGACGCAAGCGGCCCCUCGAGUCGGUGAUUCUGGACCAGGGCGUCAAGGAGAGGGUCGUCGAGGACGUCAAGGACUUCAUGGCCAGCGAGAAAUGGUACUUCGACCGCGGCAUCCCCUACCGUCGUGGCUACCUUUUGCACGGCCCACCGGGCACAGGCAAGAGUUCAUUCAUCCAGGCUCUUGCCGGCGAACUGGAUUACAGCAUUGCGCUCGUAAAUCUGAGCGAGCGGGGCCUGACGGACGACCGUCUCAACCAUCUCUUGACCAACAUUCCUCCAAGAACGCUUGUUCUGCUCGAGGACGUUGAUGCGGCCUUCAGCAACCGUCGGAUCCAAAGCGAUGAAGACGGAUAUCGCGGGGCAAAUGUCACCUUCUCCGGAUUGCUCAACGCGCUGGACGGUGUCGCCAGCGCAGAAGAACGUAUCGUCUUCCUGACGACCAACCACGUUGAUCGGCUUGACGAAGCCCUCGUUCGUCCGGGCCGUGUCGACAUGACAGUGCGGCUGGGUGAGGCUACUCGCUACCAGAUCUCGCAGCUUUGGGAUCGUUUCUACGGGGAGGUCGAAGGCUCCGAAGAGGCCAAGAGCCGCUUCCUCCAGCAAAUGGAGAGCCUCGGCUUGAUUGAAGACGAGCAGGGCCAUGGCCGACAGGGAGACUAUCGACCCAGCACGGCGUCCCUGCAGGGUCUUUUCUUGUAUAAUAAAGGCAAUAUGGAAGGCGCCAUCGCCAUGGCUCCGGGUCUGCUGCCUGGCUGGAGCUCAGAGGAGUCGGAUAUUCCGAGCCGGAGCCACGCCGCAAUGCAGCCUGCUCGCUCAGCUGUGUAGUUUUAGGGAGGUCGGUUUUUUGCAAAUGUAAAUGUACUGUACAAUAGGAUGUAUGUUAUUAAAACACGUAGUUAUGGGAUAGAUUUUGGCGAACGACUAUUACUGGGAAUACCGAUGUAUAUAUAGCAAAAUAUUAUCUCCGCAAUGCAUCUUCAGGGCACGAAACACUCUGUCAAGC